AUGAAGCGAACCUUCAGCAUCACUGCUAUCAAGCUGCGUGUGGGCAGCCCAGCUCUGGCCGUCUUCCUGGCUGCUCAGGCAGGUCUGCUGCUCUUCUUCCUGUGCGCCCACCACGGGGGCCUCUUUCUGCCACACCCAGGGGGUGAGCGCCCCUCCUCGUCCUCGCAGGUCCAUAUCCUGAUCCUGUCCUCCUGGCGGUCCGGUUCCUCCUUCGUAGGGCAGCUCUUCAGCCAACACCCGGACGUCUUUUACCUGAUGGAGCCAGCCUGGCAUGUCUGGGCCACCAUGCACCAGAACGGGGCCCGGGUCCUGCACAUGGCGGCCAGGGACCUCGUCCGCUCUGUCUUCCAGUGUGAUCUAUCCGUCUUUGAGGCCUACCUGCCUGAGCGGCGGAGGAGGAAUGUGUCGGCCCUCUUCCAGUGGGCCGUGAGCCGGGCCCUGUGCUCCCCGCCAGCCUGUGACUCUUUUCCACGUGAAGACAUUGCCAGUGAGGGCGCCUGCCGGACCCUAUGCGGCCGCUCACCCUUGGCCAAGGCAGAGGAGGCCUGCCAUAGCUACGGGCACAUUGUGUUGAAAGAGGUGCGCUUCUUCGACCUGCGCGUCCUCUACCCGCUGCUCACCGACCCCUCCCUCGACCUGCGAAUUGUCCACCUGGUGCGUGAUCCCCGGGCAGUGGCCAGGUCCCGCGAGCGGUCGGCCCAAGCCCUCUCCCGCGACAACGGGAUUGUGCUAGGCACCAACGGCACCGAGGUGGAGGACAGCCAGUUCCAAGUUUUGCGGGAGGUCUGCCGCAGCCACGUGCAGAUCUACGAGACGGCCACGCUUAAGCCUCCCCACUUCCUGAAAGGCCGCUACCUAAUGGUCCGGUUCGAGGACAUCGUGCGGGACCCCGUCGGGGAAAUCACAGCCAUGUACGACUUUGCCGGCUUGCGGCUGACUCCCAAACUUCAGGCUUGGAUCCACAAUAUCACGCAUGGGGCCGGGCCGGGCCGCAAGAAGGAGGCCUUCCAGAUCACCUCCCGAAACGCAGUCAACGUCUCCCAGGCCUGGAGGAACGCCCUCCCCUUCCAGAAAGUCAAGCAAGUGCAGGAGGCUUGCAAAGGCGCUUUUGGCAUCCUGGGCUACCAAACGGUGGAGUCCGAGAGAGAGCAGAAAGAUUUGUCCAUAGAAGUGGUGUUGCCCCAUCGAAAGAGCCAGUUCAGCUGGGCCUCCCUCAGUGGGAGCUAAAUGGGACAUCACACCUCUCUGUUGUUUUCUUCAUUCUCCAAACAACGGGACUCUACUCCUUUUGAUGUCUCUAGUAAUGGCUCCUAGUAGUUAUGUAAAUGCAAAGAGAUGGACUGAAGGGCUGGAACUGGUUCGCAGGGGCAAGCCCUUCCACCCAGUCCCCUCAUUGGGAUGUGCCAGCUACCUCUUGAAAAAGGAAAGGGACAGGAGCACAUUCUGCCUGGCGUGGAAAGGCAGCGUGGGGCAUCUAGAAAGCAGGCUUCGAUGUGCAUAAUGCUUCAGUACAGAACACAACUCUGUCACCUGGGAGAAAAGUACAAAUAGAAUAACAGCAGUGUUUCAUUCCGAGUCUUUUAGUGUUUUAAAACUCUAAAUAUGG